AUGGACGGCUACAAGAGAUCAUUAGAAUAUAUACAAGAUUACAUAAACAUUCACGGUUUACGAAUAUGGCAAAAACAGGUGUCUUCUAUCAUUAACGAGAAUGUGAAUAAAGAAAUAAGUUUGCGUAAAGGUAUUUCAUUGUACGGACCCUCGAUUGGAUUCAUGAGAUGCCUAGCUAGACAAAUCGCGCAAUUGAUUGAUGCCAGGUUGUCCGUCUAUAUAACAUCUGCACUGCGUGGUUCGAUAUAA